AUGUGUGGCAAAUGUAUCUCCAAAUGGUUUAAGGAGAAUCAUACCUACCCAUUGUGUCGUGUGGAGGAUCCCAAUAGACAAAACGAUCGCCAAUUGAGACGUCAGAUGAGACAUCAGAAGAUGUUACAAAGAUUGAGAAGAAGGUAUCAGAGAUUAUCUCGUGAAUUGAAGAUAGAAGCACUUGUUGGAUUACGAGAGCUUCGUGAGUAUGAAUAUGAUUUGGGAGUAAUGCAAAUGAUGUUGCAAGCAUCACAGAGAGAGUUACAAGAUUUUGAGGAUGCAUUGGUGGGAGAACUUGAAAGGAGGGAGAUGGAGCUCAAGAGAUAUCACAUAACGUGA